UCUGCAGUAGACAAGUAGUUCUUGCCUGGAAAUCACUUGCAACUGACAGAAUACAUUUGAUGAUUCUGCAAUACAUCCCAUCAGUGGUUGUGAUAAGGCAUUGUUAAUGAGAUGGUGGUGAAGAGCGGCCUCAGUGUUCGUAUGUGUUGUUCUGCUUUGCUGUGUGGUGAUUCAUCAUCUGAACAAAGUGGGAGCAGGCAAAGGAAGCAAAAAUAAGACAAACACUCGUGCUACUAACAACCAUUUAAUGAACAAAAAGCAUACAUAUACAAUCACGCAGGUACAAGCAUGCCAUGCACUAAUAUACCACAACAUUUUACAUAGUGGCUGCUGCUGCCAGCAGCCAUGAUGUUAAAUAGUGAGUUCCAAUAUGGAAGUAAAGGACUUGCAUUCAAGACAGCCUAUUAGUUUUUCUGCCCUAAAUUCACAAGCUUGUGACAGAGUAAUGGCUUUGACUUGGGGGCUACCUACAUGGCAAGUAUCAGCAAGUAAGUUUCAAGCUUGGAUUUCUGCUGCAGCCAUAACUUGAAAAGUGAUGAGGUGUCAUUCUUGAAUUUUAAUGCCCUGUAGGUUGUGGAGCAAGCAUGCAUCUUGUCAUUCAAGUGCACACUCAACAUGACAUGGACAGGUUUAGGAAAUCAGUGCCUCAGUCUAUAUGCACAGCCAAGUGCUGAAUGAAGAGGAGUAGUAGUAGUUCUGCGGGUUUCCGCAGAACUACUACGUCAAGCCAAGUGCUCUGGGGCAACAAGCCAAAACCCUCCUCGACUUGGGAAGCUGUGCUCCAUAUGUGUUGCUUUUGACAUAUUGAGCUGCAUGAAUAAACUUGAGAAACAUCCUUUGUGGCUGCCCUUGCUGCAGCAUGCAAAGAUGAGAUGUUGAUUACAGUAAGCGGUUUUGGAUUUUUCCUAUGAAUGAACAAAAAUUAUGGUACGCUUGUCCAGUCUUAUCAGCUCAGAGAGCUUUAAAUGCAUUGCCGCUGUUUUUCCUCACAUGCGGACUGCAUGAAAGGCUGCAAGUGUUGUGCAUUUUCUUGUGUUUAUGUGCAGGUUCUUUUCAUAACCUCAUUCUCUUAUGUUUCAUUGCCACCACCAUCUCACCCCAGUGUAGAGUCGCAAGCUGCUGCUCAUACUGGCUAACCUCCCCGCCUUUCCCUCCAAUGUUGUGCUCUCUUUUGCUGAGAAUGCUCCGAUUUGCUUUGCGCAGACUUUGUCGCUGUGCGUCGUCGCCCUGGCCGACCACCUCUUCUGGACUCGCACAUGGGAAGGCGCCUACGGCGGUGUCUCGUGUGCGGCUACACCACAGCCUUCCACACAAGCAUGCAAAAUCACCAAAGAAUACACACGGGUGAGCGCCCACAUAAGUGUGACUACUGCGGCAAGGCCUUCAUGCAGAAGGGCAACCUGGUCGCGCACCUACGCAUCCACACUGGCGAGAGACCUUUCCGGUGCCACCUCUGCUCCAUGGCCUUCACACAAAAGACAAGCCUUGUAGGCCACGUGCGAACGCACACGGGCGAGAAGCCGUUUCAGUGUCGUUUUUGUCCUAUGGUGUUCGCACGCAAAAUGCAGUUGAAGAGACACGAGGAGAUGCACACAUGGUGUGCAGAUGAUGCUGUGGAAUCAAGGGCAGCGGCUCAUCCCAACCAGUCUAAUGGUCAGGGGCUCCAAAGAAAGCUCAUGAAAUCUGAAACAAUACCUUGCGACUACAGGCACUUGCUCACAGAAUCUUUUGUGCCCCCAAACACGCAAAAUAGCCACGGUGGUCUGCUAGAGAUUUUGGAGGUCAGCAUAGGGUAUAUUAACCAAUGUUGCAUUUGCCACCCAUUUUUAUUGCAGUUCUCUCCUGCUGAAAUGUGUAUGCUUCAUGCCCUCCUGUUUUGCAGGUGCUGCAGUGAUUCCACAGGCCAGCAGAAGGAAUACUGCAUUAAUGAAGCAAAUUCAACAUUUAGAGAAAGAACUUUAGAUCUUGACACCUCCAGACGGCAGCGCAGUGCUCAUCAGUGUGUGCACAACUCGCCUGCCAAGAAAGUGGGAACACAGCUCACAGAAACUAGGGGCAGUGACCUGUGCCCCUCCGAAAACGUGCCUGUCAACGAGUCAUACAUUUGCAGCUACUGCAGCAAGUCCUUCAAUGCACGUGGCAACCUGAACACUCACCUCCGCAUCCACACUGGCGAGAGACCAUUUCAGUGCCACCUGUGCCCCCGGGCUUUCACGCAGAAGGUGACCCUCGUGCAUCACGUGCGGACACACACAGGGGAGAGACCUUUUCAGUGCCGCUUUUGUCUGAAGGCAUUUGUACGCAAGUUGGAGCGGAAGGACCACGAGAUCCGCAAGCACUUGAAAGGAACCGCUACUUAUUGAAGGGCUUGCCACAUGUGGCUGACAUUUGCUAGUGAUGAACCUUAUAGGAAAUCUUUGCAAUAUAGAUAGAUGUCUUUGCUUGUAUUCAGUUGCUAUGACAUUGUCAGACUUUGCAGAAGGGCAGUGUUUGCAUAUACAUAAAGAGACGCACAAGCUCCAAUAUGAAAGGAAACCUGGUUUGCAUUCAAGAGUGGCUAUAAUCGGUGUCUGCUCUGAAGUCACAAACACCCCUUAGGGUACUUUCUUUGACACAGGGGCUGUGCGACAAGUAUUCGCAAGAGAGAUUCAAGCGUGCACGUCUUCUGCAAGUGUUGACUAAAAAUAAUUAUGCAGAUCCAACUCAUAUGUUGGAACUUAUGUGAAGCAAAGCUUUCUUUAUUGGUGGUGACUGUAUUAUGCUACAUGUAGGCUGGUGUGGUCAUCUUUCAAUGUGUGUUUUAAAGGUCCUGCACAACAUUAUAAUUUUAUACAGUAUUAGGUAAAAUAAAUCUUGACUCAUUUGGU